CACGCCGGCCGGCCGUCUUACCAAGUCGAAAAAUCAAUAGCCGAUAAACGUAAACCUACUUUAAUUGCGAAUAAGUAAACAGUGAAUAUUUAACACGUCACUAUCACAACAUUUUGAGGUUAGAAUCGAUUUUGAACAUUCCAACAAUCGAGGUGUUUAUGUGAAACGGGUCAUGGUGAUGCAUUGCUCUGUUCUCUAAACGAUUCGCCAAUUUGAUAACUUGUAGCAGAAAAGUUUUAAAAUGGAGGAAGGAAAGAAAGAAAUCAAUUUGGAUUCCAUAUUGGAGAGUCUUGGCCCGUACGGCAGAUACAAUAUAUUGAAUUUCGUAUUGCUACUCUUCCCAGUGCUUUUGAGUAGUUUCUUUGAAUGCGGGUUCAUUUUUGAAGCGCGGGAAGUUGACUACAGAUGUGAAAUACCAAUUUGCGAAGGCAUCUCAGACUUCAACGACACCUCCUGGACGAACUUUUCCAUCCCAUUCAACCAUGAAAAAAACAAGCUGGAAUCUUGCGUAAGAUACGCUCCAAUAGACGAAGCUAAUGAAAGAUGUUCAGCUGAUGCCUUUUAUAUGAACAAAACCGUACCCUGUAAGAGUUUUGUGUACGGAGAAAGUAACACUUUGGUGAAAGAGUUCAAUCUGGGUUGCGAAGAAAGCAAAAGAACUUUAGUUGGAACCAUACACAGCACAGGGAUGUUUGCAGCCAUGGUGUUCACAGGGGCUAUAUCUGACAGAUUCGGUCGCAAAGUUGCUAUUGGCUUAGCGUCAAUUGCCAGCUUCAUCUUCGGCAUGUCCAGAGCAUUCUCUCCAAAUUACUGGGUUUAUAUCGCAAUGCACUUCUUCGAAGCUGGUUUUGGAGGAGGAUUGUAUCCUUCGGCGUAUGUACUAGGUGUCGAGCUCGUCGGCCUUAAGCAGAGAGUCAUCGUGUCUGCCAUCUGUAAUAUGACCUUCGUCGUCGGAGAAGUGAUAAUUGCCUUAUUAGCUUUAUUUGUAGAUAACUGGCGUACCUACAUCCUCAUUCUAUACAGUCCAGCCAUCAUCGUCGGUGUUUAUGUAUGGUUCAUGAAUGAAAGCGCCAGAUGGCUCUUAAGCAAAGGCAGAAAAGAAGAAGCUAUAAAAAUACUAAAAAGUGCGGCUAAAAUCAACAAUCUUGACCCUAGAAAACUUGACCUUGACGCUCUAGGCGAUCCAUUAUUAAGACCGCAAAACCAAACAGUAGACAAGCAGUCGCAAUUAUCAAAAGCAUUGCGAUCUUCUAUAAUAUGGAAAAGAUUACUUAUCUGCUCAUUCCUGUGGAUAACAUGCUCUCUGGUAUACUACGGAUUAUCAAUAAAUUCGACAUCUCUAUUGCCAACAAAUAACAGAUAUGUAAACUUUAUGCUUGUAGUAUUGGUUGAGAUACCAGCGUAUAUAAUUGUGGUGGUUGUUAUCGAUAAAUAUGGAAGAAAAAGGACUCUAAUGGCUUGCUACGUUACAUGCGCAGUCACCAGUUUACUCUUCGCAUUUCUACCGCGAUCGGACUGGUGGUCCAUUACCCUUUACCUGAUCUGCAAAUUUGGCGUGACUGUGGCCUAUAGUUCCGUCUACAUCUACGUGUCUGAAGUCUUCCCCACUAAUAUGCGGCAGACUUUAAUCAGCGUCUGUUCUAUGGCUGGAAGAAUAGGAUCUUUGCUUGCUCCUCAGACUCCGUUACUGGCCUUGUACCAUAGGUCGAUGCCGCUAUCCAUCUUUGGCUUCAUGUGUGUCCUAUGCAGCACACUGGUCGUCCUUCUCCCGGAGACGAGCAACAUUCGCCUUCCAGACACCAUCGAGGAAGCUGAACAGCUGUCAAAAGUGAAAAGCAAAAUUGACAUUUAGUGCAUGAUGUUAACAAAAUUGUAAAUAUAAAAGACACGAAAGCGGCCAACCACAAAUUAUUUACGUCGAUUUGUAACCUUGUGAGUUAUCCGGUUAUUUAGUUAGGAUAUGUUUAUUGUAAUGUUCGCAUGUCGUAUCUUAAUGCAAAUGAUUUAUAUGGUUCUAGAAACAAGUGAAGUCUGUUAACCAGCUGGGAUUGCCUAAAAAUGCCUUAGCCAGGUGACGUGACGCCGCGAUGCAUUAAAACGAGUAAUGCAAUAUAAACUUUAUGCUCUAAAGGAUAAGACACAUCAAAUAAAAAAUGAAAAAGAAGAUACACUCGCACUCUGCAAAAUGCAAUAUAAUGCAGAGCAUAUAGUUUACUUUAUAAAGUAUACAUUUCUUUGAAUGCAAAAUAACAAAAGAUUAACGCCGCGUGACACAGCCCGGUGCGUAGUGCGUUCCAGCGCGGCGCAUCCUACGGUCGGCAGCUUCUGCAGCCACGAACAAAGUGUAUCUUCAAUUCUCAACAAUAAGCUAUAUAUUUCUUUGAAAGGCAGACCAAGGUGGGAAUUUGAGGCGAUCGUUACGCGUGGUAUUCUAAAGCUCGAUUUAAGUGUAACUGGUGUUCAUGCAUGUUUAUUUAUAUGAAACUUGUCUUACUGCUUAUAAUUUAAGUUGUGCCCCAAAAUAAACAGAAAUAAGUCAACAUUUGCAUUACCGCAUUUCGUUUUGAGUAUGCCGUAAUCAGUGUCGUAGAAAGUACGUUGCUGUAAUUUCUGUCGAUUUGUUUCUUCAAUAUGUUAUGUUAAGUAUUUAUUUACUGUAAACGUAUAUCUUUGCUAAGCUUAUAUCAAUAUGCAAAUGUGAAUGCACCACAGACUACAAAUGUAUGGCACGCCUAAAAAUGAGAGAAGUUUUCCAUUGAAUAAUCUUUAUUUAUUGGAUUUUUUUCUUCAAAUAUUCACAAAUUUGAAUAAUUUACAAAACUUGGGAGAUUAUACAAAAAGCGAUAAUUUGAAUCCCAAGAAGUUAAUUAUUACUUUACGCAUAAAAUUGAAAGAUACAUGCUUUAAGUGUCUAUUUUAUAAACAUUGAAUAAAGAUAUAAUCAUUUACGUACGUACAGUCUUAAGUCUUUUUAAUAGUUCUGUGGCUUAACAUUAAGGCAGUUCUAAGAACUGCGAUAAAAUCUAUAUAUUCUCUGUUACCUUUAAGUGGAAAAUAUUUCUAUGGUUAGUUUAAUAAAGUUCACUAACUUAUUCUGUGCAUUUAGAGCAGUAUUUCCGAAUUAACUACGUGCAUAGCCGAAUGCAAGAUUGUCUUUUUAUAUGGCAUAAGAUUUGGCAUAUUACUCAAAAUCCGUCAUCAUUUCUAUUAAAAAAUUAUGCGGAUUCAUUAAUAUGACAAAAAUUGUUAUGCGAACUAUUAAUUAUGCAUAAAAUUGCAAUGUGUCAUCCCACUUUAUCUCGAAUAAGGAUCAUUAUUUCAGUGCACUUAAUUUCUACUUAGAACUUAAAUUACUUACUUUAAGUACUUACUUUAGAUGUUUUUUAUGCUGUAGUAUAAUUAUAUCUUUUAAACGCAUAUAUGUACAUUGUUCUUUGUGUCGUUUUUAUGUAAGCCUGUGGUAGUACUUACCUACCAGCACAGCCGUCGAAAUUGAUGCCACGUGUUUGUUGUUUACUUAAUUUUGUGUACCUAUAAUUGUUUUACAACUUUUAAUUAUUUGUAUAUUAAGCGAUCCAAAGCCUUUGGAUCUUGCGAAUACAGUUUUCAAUGAAAACGUUAUAAAUGUAAUGUAAUUCAAUG